AACAGAUUUCUUUACACUGGGAAGGUGAGAACUGUCUGCUGUUUUUAAAUACACUCUCAUCUUUAUCAAAGCACUUUCUGAAAACACAUUUUAAACAUUUAUCCUUAAGUUUUCCCUUCUUUUGUGUGUUCCUAAGCACUCUUGAGGGUAUUUAGACAAUUGGUAUUGAUACCAAUUAGUCUCUGAAUUAGUCUAUGUUGAAUGGAGUUUAAUUGCAAAUAUAUGUAUUUCUGAUAAGUGUCUCAUUCUGUCUUCAGAGAGGCCAGAAUUUGUUACAAAUUUCAGAGAGAAAAAUCUCUGUAUCUAGCCGUACCCACAAUGCUCUUGGAGUGUACUUUAUAUCAUUAAGAUUCUUAAUUCCAAUAUGAAAACGAAUAUAUGUAUGUUCAUGUAUGAAUGAAGCAUUAGGCUGUACACCAGAAAUUGACACAACAUUGUAAACUGACUAUACUUCAAUAAAAAAUGUAUAUACAAAUAAAUAAAGAUGCUAAUAUUGGGGGAAAAAGGAUUCUUAAUUCCUUCUUUACUAUCAUAUUUGUGGACUGAAAAAGCUAAGCAUGGAGACAACACUUUCCUGUCCUAGGGGCAGGAAUGCAUGAAAAGAUGAAGGGGAUUUAACCUUUCAAGUCUACCGCUGCUAACAGCUGAAGCUCAGAAAAUUCCGUACAGCACUUUUCACUGUUCACUAUAUUAGAAUCUCUUUUCCUUUGCAGACCCUUCAUGUGGCCUUUGUAAAUAUGCGUUUGAGACAGAGAGUGGUAUGUAGAAGCUGAAAGUGCCUGGAAGAUUUCUGGUUUCUGUCCCUGCUUUUCCUGCCUGUUUGCACCUCUGCCUAAUUUGGAUGAUGUGAUGCUCAGAGAGAUAGCUUAAUCGAAGCCGUCUUUUGACGAGACACAUCUGGCCCAAGAGUGUAUACCCCGAGCUCAAGAUGGCCAGUCAGCCACCGGAAGAUGCCACAGAGUCUCAGGUCUCCGAUGAGCUUGAGUGUAAGAUCUGCUACAACCGCUACAACCUGAAGCAGAGGAAGCCCAAGGUGCUGGAGUGUUGUCACAGGGUGUGUGCCAAAUGCCUCUACAAGAUCAUAGACUUCGGGGACUCCCCGCAAGGCGUCAUCGUCUGCCCUUUCUGCAGGUUCGAGACGUGCCUGCCGGACGACGAAGUCAGCAGUCUGCCCGAUGACAACAACAUCCUGGUGAACUUAACUUGUGGCGGCAAAGGCAAGAAGUGCCUGCCCGAGAACCCCACCGAGCUGCUGCUGACCCCCAAGAGGCUGGCCUCGCUGGUCAGUCCUUCCCACGCCUCCUCCAACUGCCUGGUCAUAACGAUCAUGGAGGUGCAGAGAGAGAGCUCCCCGUCCCUGAGCUCCACGCCCGUGGUCGAGUUCUACAGGCCCUCCAGCUUUGACUCGGUGACGACCGUGUCGCACAACUGGACAGUGUGGAACUGCACGUCCCUGCUCUUUCAGACGUCCGUCAGGGUGUUGGUUUGGUUGCUGGGUUUGCUGUACUUCAGCUCCUUGCCUUUGGGGAUCUACUUACUGGUCUCUAAGAAGGUCACCCUCGGGGUCGUCUUCGUCAGCCUGGUCCCUUCCAGCCUCGUCAUCCUGAUGGUGUACGGCUUCUGCCAGUGCAUCUGUCACGAAUUCCUAGACUGCCUGGCACCUUCCUCUUGAUGGAGACACACACUAGGAAACUUGACACACCUUGCCACGUUUGAAGGGAGGUCAUUUAGCCCUCAUUUUCUUUCAUACUCUCUGUGUUGGUGCCCAUGGCAUUAACAAAGCCAUUGGGCAUGUUUGUGGCCUGUUUUCCAUCAAAAUGUUGACUCAAUUGGUCUUCCUGUAUGCUGGAAGUAAAAAAUGUUCAUUUCUACUUACGUGUUAGCAAAAAAGAAAAAGAUAUCGGCUAAGCCUUCCUCAAGCUCUUCUCCUGAGCCUUCCCAGAGAAAGGGCAGAUUUCACUCCGCGCUGCUAGACAGACACCAGGGGCCGGCGUGUUGUGCUGCAGGAGGGGACUUUGUGGACGGUGAGGCGUGAACCGAUUCCUCUUCUCGUGAUCAUGGAUAGCCUGGGAUGCAGGGUGGACGCAGGAGGAGAGCAGUCCCCAGACACAUCUGUUUGCACAGUGCUCACCUCCCACCCCGUUGUUGGCGCUUCCCUGGGUCCUGUUAAGCCUGGAUGCUGGUUCCCUCUGCGCAUGCUCCUUGCAAGAGGAAACUCACCUCACACCCUUGUGUGAUUUCACCUGUUUUGCUGCUUUACUAAAGAGAAUUACAGACAUUGAGGAAUUGGCAUCAGAGUAAACUUCAAGGCAGAAUGUGGCCACUUGUUUUUUGAGACACACCCUUUCCUCCACAUUUGUUUUCUGCUCUCUAGUCUUUUAUGAAAUUGUCUUGGAGCAAUUAUAGUUCAUGGAGAUCUCAUUUGAGCCUUUUCUUAAAGCAUUUUAGUUUCCUUUCGUUUCUUUCUUUCUUUCUUUUUUUUUCUUAACCACAUUGUUCAGUCAGCCCCAUCCCUUAUCCUGAAUGAGGUUCCAUUUAAAUUGGUUGCUAUAACUUUAUGAGGAUUUUGGUUUUUUCCCCAUUGCAUUUUAAAUUCAACUACAGACUCACUUAACUUAAUCCUAUAACAUUUUGGGGUAAAUCGCGUCAGUGGAAACCCAGAAACAAUUUAGAUGUUCUAGCUUAUGGUUCGAUGUGCUGAGAACCUAAGUAUUUUGCUGUGUUCUACUGAGCUGUACCAAAAUAUAAUGGUUUCGAUUUACGUGCAGGACUGUGUUGCAGUAGGUCAGGCAGAAAGAUGGGCACCAAACACGCAAAGCUGAUGCCCUAACUGAAGAGAACCUUCAAGGAGGUAAAGUGGAGGUGGCAGGGUGCAGUCUAACAUACUGCUAUUCCUGUAAAGUCCAUUUUAGAAUGGAUUCAAGUUCCUACACAAUUUAUUUCAGAUAAAAGCAUAAGUUAUGUGACUUGAGUUAGUGAGCUUCUUUUCAUGAUGUGGGGGAAGUUGAAUGUAUAUAUUUAUGAGAAGAAAUUGGUUAGCAGAUUUUAGGUUUGAGGGAUUUGAGUGUCCACAGAAAGUAGGCAAAAAAAAAAAAGCUUUUUAGUCUAAAACUCAUUACUGAUGAUAAACAUUAAAAUAUUUAUAACUCUUAGAAAGGGGCAUUGCUAAGACUAACUUGUUUGUGGUGAAACAUUUGUUGUGUGAAAUACAGUGGACCAGUUCCAAUCUCUUUAUUCAGGAAAAAUGGACACUUAUUUCUAGAAUAGUAUUUGAUUUUAAUUGUGUCCCUAUUAACUUUGAGAACAUGUAUGCCCAGGGUAGGUAUGAUGAUAGGAAAUUAUUCCUGGAAUGUGGCCCAAUGAAUUUAAGCCCAAAGGCAGCUAAAUACAUUCAUGAUUUCAUAAAAUCUAGUUUAGGUAGCAUCGUGAAUGCAAUUUCCAAAUAUCCAUUUGUACUUAGAGUACUGGCUGGGAGAUGUUUUGUGGUUUGGAUUUAUAUAUUUAUAAGGUUUUUUAAAAAAUGUUCAUUUUGUCUGAAAUGUAACAUCAGAUAAAUUGGUGGGUUUAUCAUAUAAUGAGAUUUCUAGAAAGCUCUGGGCGUGGGUACUGAGUGUUUGGCUUAUUUGUAUAAUGUCUGCAGUGCUAAAUUUGUGUCUUUCUUUCUGUUGUGAUAGUCUUUUUUUUUUUUUUUUUUAGUUGCCAGUAAAUUAAUUUGGUGUUCAAGAGUUUUAAAUGUAUGACAACAAAAAACUUUUCAUGCUGUUGAAUGAAAAAAAGACAACUCUUCAAUGUCUUAUUUAUUGUGGUGAUGUUUGGUUUGUCCAUUAAAUUGUUCUUAUUUCCAAGUUAGACGUUUGAUUUCUCUGACUCAUGGCUGAGAUUCAGUCAUUUCCUUGGACUGCUGUUAACAUUAGAUCAUUAGAUGGGUACAAACGUGAGCUUUGGAAACAUGGAUUAAGCUAAUGCCCUUAUCCUAUGAAUGAAGAUUUCAGAACUUUCCCACGAAGCAAGUCUACCCCAUCCCACCUCUAAAAGGCCUUCAUCCUUUUUCUUUUUUUAACUAAGGGAGAAAAAUUAGGGAGGGU